UUCCCAGUGGCAAUUACCCGGAAGUAGCAAUUAUAGAUCUUCUUUUGUACCAAAAUUGUCAAUAAUUGAUAUAUUUCUGUUAAUUUCUUGUUCAGGAGGCCUCUUUUUCGUCAAAUUGUGUAGAACUGGCCAUGCUAUCCUUCACACAUUAACUGACAUUAAUGUGGAAGUCCUCCGUUUGACUAGGCCUUUGAUUGUGACAUUUGGAGUAGGGGGGCUGAGACUUACGCUGUGCUACUGUGUUCGUUGAGGUUUCGUCACUCUGGACAGGGGCGGGGCAUACCUGGGGCCGAGGAUGCCCACUGGACAGCCAAUGACUAGUCCCAUGGUGGACAGGGAGCAUGGAGGAAUGAGGCACACACCUUACAUGGGACAACCCGACUACAGAAUUCACGAGCUGAACAAACGACUACAGCAACGCAGCGAGGAGAGUGACAAUCUAUGGUGGGAUGCGUUUGCUACCGAGUUCUUUGAGGACGAUGCCAGUCUGACUCUGUCCUUCUAUCUCGAGGAUGGACCUAAGCGUUAUACCAUAGGUCGUACCCUGGUUCCUCGGUACUUUCGGAGUAUAUUUGAGGGAGGAGUCACGGAUCUCUACUACAUACUGAAACACUCCAAGGAAUCAUUUCACAACACCUCCAUCACCCUGGACUGUGACCAAGCCACCAUGAUCACCCACCACGGAAAACCAAUGUUUACAAAGGUUGUUACAGAAGGCAGACUCAUACUGGAGUUUACAUUUGAUGAUCUGAUGAGAAUAAGAUCUUGGCAUUUCCAAGUUCGCCAGCACCGAGAGUUAAUACCUAGAAGUGUUAUAGCCAUGCAGCAAGAUCCUGCAAUGGUUGAACAGAUCUCCAAAAAUAUAACAAGACAGGGGCUGACAAACUACACUCUGAACUUUCUUAGGUUAUGUGUGAUUCUGGAACCCAUGCAGGAGUUAAUGUCUCGUCACAAGGCGUAUGGUUUGAAUCCCAGGGACUGUCUCAAAACCACAUUAUUCCAAAAGUGGCAGCGUAUGGUAGCACCCCCAGGGAAGGGGAAACCAGAAAAUCCAAGACAAGCAGGAAAGAGAAGAAAGCGGAAAGCCUCGGCGGGUACCGGGGGGAGUAUGAACCCAGGAGGAGGGGGAGGGAAGAAGAGGUCACCCGGUCCCCAGGGCAUGCCCCCCUCAGCCCCAGGAGAUGUGAUGGUCGUUGGUGAGCCCACGUUGAUGGGUGGGGAAUUCGGGGACGAAGACGAGAGACUGAUAACGCGCUUGGAGAACAGUCAGUUUGAACCAAGCAACACGGAGGAGGACAGUAAAGACUUUCAAAACUCCCCCGCCCUCCAGCAGAGCCCCUGGAGUCAGGACAAAAAGACCCCCACGGGGGGAAACAGUGGUGCGGGCACCCCGGGGGCUGUGCCACCAUCAAAUUCAGAGGAGACAAAAGUCAAAGUGGAGUGAUCUCCCCUUAUGUGGAAAUCUCCUGUCACUGAAAUCAUGCAUGUCAUACCAUUUUGUGAGGGUGUCCUUCUAAAAAGUAUGCGGUCGUGUGUUGCAUUUCAGCAACUUGAAUUGUAUAAACUCUUUGUUGUAAUUUUAUGUGUACAUUAUUAUUGGAUCAAUUUUCUAUAGGGAUUUAUAUUGUUGUUUAUUUAAAACCAAACCCUAUUACAAGUAUUUUAGGAUCUGGAUAGAACUUUACAUAUUGAUAAAGUUUUAAGUUAAAAUGAAAUUGAUUUAAGAUUUCCUGGUAAAAAAACCCCCAUGUUUUUGAAAGAGAGUUUUACUGAUGUAAGAUGAAAAAAACCUCUAACAUUUACCUAUGUAAUGUUUGAUGCUAAAUAUAUGAGGUCCUGGACAGAUAAUUAUGAAGCAUUUACUCAAAAAAAUUAUCAGAGUUCAGCAACAAAAUUGCAAUAUUCUGUCUCAUGCAGAAAACUUCCAUAACUCAUCGAUUUUAUCAUGAUUUUAUAUAUGACUUCAUAAUAUCUGAGAGACAUUUCCUCACACACAUGUACAUGUAUGAAAGUUGAUAAAUUCUUCUGUUGAUGGGGGGUGCGGGAAUGAUUUUGUUAAGGAUUAAUUCCUAGAUAAACACAAUAGAAUCUCUAGUGACGUACCUGUGAAAGGCAGCUGCAAUGUUUAUCGUCAAACUACACACAUAACACAACAUAUUUCCACUCCUUCUGGUCUGAAAAUUGUUUUUCAUUAUAAUUGUCUAAAGUUUAAAGUUUUUUCUAGCCAAUGUUGCGUAAUGUUGAAAGUUUUCACAUAAGGUCGUAGGAAUGACUGCAAUAUUAUUUAUGUCACUUACUCGGAUUUUAGGGGUACAUUUUCCACCUUGAAAGAGCUACAUUACCUGCUACAAUUCUGCAUGUGUGAUUUUUUUGCUCUUUUAGGGGUUGGUGGGUGGGUGUUUAGGAUUUUUUCAUCUAGCAAAUUUUUGUUUAAAUAACUUGAAAGCAAUUUUUUUAAUGGAAGCAAAACAUAAAUUUUACUAGAUUGUUGAUGAUGUGUAGGUAAUUAAAAUUUAUAUUUAGUUAAUUAUUCUCUAUUUAUGGCUGGAGGUAAAGGUUUGCUUUAAUUUUUUUUUAAACUUCUAAAAUUUUGUAUAAUUUAAUAUUAGAUAUUUUUUGCUAUUAGUGCUCUAGGUAAUUUUACAGCCUUGCUGUAGGUAAUUUAUUUUACAGCCUUGUAGAUAAUUUACAGCUCUGCUGUUAACAUUUUUACUGUUUUGCAGUAGAUAAAUGAUAAUUUAUAUUAUUACACAGUCUUAUAAUUCAUUUUUUUAAAUGAUCCAAACACAGAUGUAUAUUAUUUAAAGAUUUGAACAUGUUACAAGUUAAUGGAUUUGAAUGAAUGGGAAUUUCAGCCUAAUUUUUUUUGUUGUGCAAGUACAUGUAUAUACAUGUUUGUAUUCUAGUGUAACAUUCAGUGUACAUAAAAUCAAUAUUUAUCAUUUUAUUUCAAUAAAGAUCUGAGACUGUG